AGCACCGUCCCUCGCCUGACCUGCCGGCCGCUUCCGGAGCGGGAGGAUGUGGCGGACAUGCGGGGCGCUGAGGAUUUCGGCACUGGCCUUGGCGCGGUCGCGGGGAGCCCGGGGCUACAGCGGAGACGGGGGCGUCUCCUACACUCAGGGCCAGAUCCCGGAGCCCCGGACGCGCGAGUAUUUCUACUACGUGGAUCAUCAGGGCCAGCUUUUCCUGGAUGAUUCCAAAAUGAAGAACUUCGUCACCUGCUUCAAAGACCUGCAGUUCCUGGUCGCCUUCUUCUCCCGCCUGAGACCCAACCGCAGCGGGCGCUACGAGGCCUCCUUCCCCUUCCUCUCACUUUGCGGCAGAGAGCGCAACUUCCUGCGCUGUGAGGACCGGCCCGUGGUCUUCACGCAUCUGCUGGCCGCGGGCCGCGGACCCCCGCGCCUCUCCUACUGCGGCGGGGGCGAGGCCCUGGCAGUGCCCUUCGAGCCAGCGCGCUUGCUGCCCCUGGCUGCCAAUGGGCGCCUGUACCACCCGGCGCCGGAGCGCGCGGGCGGCGUGGGCCUGGUGCGCUCGGCCCUAGCCUUCGAGCUCAGCGCCUGCUUCGAGUACGGGCCCGGCGCGCCCGCGCUGCCCUCGCACGUGCGCUGGCAGGGCCGGCGCCUCGCCCUCACCAUGGAGCUGGCCCCGCUCCUGCGGGCGACCCCGCAGUCCUGAGCCGCGGGCGGUUCCGGAGGGCCCAGCGCUCCGCCGGCCGAGUGCGCGUGCGCGCGGAGGCGCGCCCCCCACACCCCGCUGGCGCUGUCCGAGGUGCUGCGCGGGCCCGUCCUGGCUCUGGCGAGGACCGCGCCGCCCCCCGC